UUAUAAACCCUAGUUUUCUCUACGCAUGCGCAAAAUGUUGAGCAUUCGAUGGACACUCUUUGUGGAGGGUUUUGGUGUUGUAAGCCUAUUGUACAGUAAUUUUGCAGCUAUAGUACCGUUUUGUUCUUGAUGGUUUGAUCAGUUCUUUCGUAACGGUGGUGUUUGGCCGAACUUGCACCCGGUUGGAUUACACGGCUACACAGAUGAGUUUGAGGCAGUGAUUCUUAGCUUUCAAGAGAAGAGUGGCACCAGACGACUAUGUCUAAAUGCUAGGUUGCACAUCUGUUGUGAUGUGAGGUUGUUCAUUAUUUGAUGUUCAUUGAUAUCUUUCUGUGCUAAUAACCACAUAGCAACAUUCAACAGUCAGACUUCAGAGUGACAUCAUCUAUGCCUGGCAACGACGUUGGAGAUAGGGUUCACAACUUCUUUGCACAAGACAGCUUGUCGCAAGAGCAGCACAAUUCCGCAGUAGUGGACGGAAAUUGGCCAGCUCAUACUAACAAUCUGUGGGUUGGAAGUCAGAGACAGAUAGGUGCUCUGACUUCCAACACAAAGAAUUACAAUUUACAGAACUCUGAUAGCGUGAAAGGGCUGAGCAGUUAUCCUUUUACCAGACAGCAUGGCUUGAAUUAUAUGCAAUCCACCCCAAGGCCUGAGUUUGGAAAUGGUCAGUCACAAAAUCAGCAGACAAAUUUGAAUGACUACAUGUAUGGUAAUCAGUUAUACCAGACAAGGCAGGAUGAAUCCAAAUUUCUGGCUGUUGAUACAGAUUAUGAUCAACGUAGUCUAGCCUCAGGAGGUUUAUCUCCUUAUGCAUCACAUCAAGGAGUGGGUCCAGAGCAACAGACAAGAGUACUGGUUAGGUCAGGCCCUUCUGAGAGUCCUGCUAGUUUUGAUCUUUUUGGUGGUCAGCAAAUGAACCGUCAGCAAUCAAACAUGCUGCAGUCUCUGCAGCGGCAGCAGUCUGGGCAUAGUGAGAUGCAUCAAGCUCAAAUCAUGUUGAAGAUGCAGGAUCUUCAGAGGCAGCACCAUCUUCAGCAAUUAGAUACCAGGCAGCAAGAUACACUAGAUCAGGUUUCCACCUUAUCUAAGGUGGCAUCUGGUAACCAUCCCCCAACAUUGUCUCAUGACACUACAAAUUCUGGUGCAUUAAAUUUUUCUUGGUCAAGUGAUCUUGGCAACACAAAUUGGUUGCAACAUGGCUCUCCAAUCAUUCAGGGAUGUUCCAAUGGACUGAAUCCGACAAACAUUGGACAGGCACAACACAUAAUUCCUCUAUCGGCUGACCAAUCUCUAUAUGGAGUUCCUGUUUCUGGUUCUAGAGGAAGUGUGAACCCAUUCUCACAAGGAAUAGCUGAUAAGACCACAAAGCAGCCAAUGCCAAACAUUGAUAGUUCAUUUCCGGUUAAUCAGUAUGCUGGACUGCAGGAUCAAGCCACUGUGCAGGAUGGGACUUUCAUUCCUAGACAGAGAUCCCUAGACGGCAACUUUUUUGGACAUGCUCCAAGUCAAUCUCUUACUAAUGCAAUAACUAUGGAGAACCCUCAGCAGACAAAUACUAUGCAGAGAAAUUCAGUUUUCCAGGACUUCUCUGGCAGACAGGGUCUAGCUGUUCCUUCAGAAAACUCCCAGGAGAAAGCAGGGACACAUGCUUCUUCCUCACAGAAUGAAGUUGGCUUAGAUCCUGCAGAAGAAAGAAUAUUGUUUGGUUCAGAGGAUAACAUAUGGUCGGCCUUUGCCAAGAGCCCUAAUAUGAAUGGGGAAGGUGGUAAUCCAUUUGAGGGUGAAGGAUUAAUGAAUGGGCUUUCUUCUAUCCAAAGUGGUACUUGGAGUGCGCUUAUGCAUUCUGCUGUUGCAGAAACUUCUAGCAGUGACCUUGGGGUACAGGAGGAGUGGAGUGGUUUAAAUUUUCACAGUACUGAAAUUCCUCCGGGAACUCAGAAUUUGAUGUAUAACACUGGGAGACAUGAAACAUCUUCUGCUGAAGAGAAUUUACCCCCAAACUCAUCCUUGAAUUCUGUUUCCCUUCAGCAUUCUGACGGUACCAAUAUGAACAACAACUACUCCAAUGUCCAGGGCCAUAUGCUUCCAUAUGAGCCAGGCCAGAGUUUGCAUGCGAAAUCUUUUCAAAGACUUGUCCAGUCAUCGGAGGAAGGAAACAAGCGGUCAAAUUCUGGUGCACAGCAGAAGUCAGCUGCCGAAGUAAACCAGGUGAUGUCUGGGAGCAGUUCUCAUCCUAUUAACAGAGAAAUAAAUAUGAGAAAGAGUUCUGGUACUUUGACAUCUGAGCAUGGUGGAGCUAGACAACUAUGGGAAAAAACAGCUGGUUGGAGUGAUGUAGGGUUUGCAGUGCCUUCUGGAGACGCAUCUUUAAGAGUUUCGAGUGAGAACUCAUCAAAUUGUUCCCUAGAUGACAAGCGGAAGAAAUCCAUCCAAGCUGAAGUUGUUCAUCGUGGUGUGAUGUGGAACUCUAACUCUGCAGUUGAUAUGGAGCAUGUGGGAUCAUCUAUCGCUAAUCACCAAGUGAAUUCGGAGGUCUUUAACUUGCAGAGUUCUGCGUGUGUACCCAACUCAAGUACCAUUAGGGGUGAGGAAACCAGUCAACUUCAAAAUAAUUAUCAUUCUGAUUAUUGGAAGAACACUGAUCCCUUUGUCAAGUCUACGGUAAGCGAAGGCUUGGGAGUUUUGCAGCGUCAUGUUACCAAAGACAAUCAGGUGUUGCACAGGGCCAUUAGUAAUGUAGAAGCUAAAAUACAUGACAUGCAGAACAGUGAUAAUAAGAACUCAAAUAACAGCUACCGCUCUAAUUUGUUUCCUCAUUCACCUGCUUCUAAUAUGAGGGAAAAUAUCUUGUCAGAUGCUAGAGAUUCAAGGUCUCUUCCCACUGGGAAGCAGAAGUCAUCUGAUCAGGUUGGCCAGAAAGCUUCUUGGCAUCGCAAGUUUCAGUAUCAUCCCAUGGGAAACAUGGAUGAGGGUUUAGAUCCUCCGUAUGACAGGAAAGACCCUAGUCAUUCUCAGUCUAUGCUGUUGCAGAAUGCCAAUCAUGGCCAGUCAGAAGUAUUUGGUCAGGUUCCUAAGAGUCGGGAAGAAUUGGAAGAGGGGAAGCGGUAUGAUGUUGUGAGAGAUGGCAAAGGCUUUACUGAGGUGCAUUUGCAAAGCAGCUUUCAUAGUGGUGGAUCAAGUAUGCCUGGCCCCUUCAAUAAAUCAGACUUAAAUGCACCAAAUAAAGCUGCACAAACUAGUCCAAACAUGCUCCAGCUUCUUCAGAAGGUAGACCAAUCAAGUGUGCACGGUUCUAUGACUCGGUUAAGUAAUUCUGAACAGAAAGUAUCAUCUGAGAUGCCUGAAGCAGAACAUUCUGAUGGAUCCGUUGGUCAUCUCCAGCAAAGUCAGUCUUCUGCCUCUCAAGGCUUUGGUCUACAACUUGGCCCUCCAUCUCAACGGAUAUCAAUCCCAAACCAUUCCUUGUCAUCUUUGAGUACCCACGCAGUUAGGUCUUCACACUCUCAUGCUACUGAGGAGACCGGAGAGAAGAGUCGGGGACAGAUGUGCCCUCCUCAUCAGGGUCAAUCAUUGCCUCCUGCUGAACAUUCUAUGGAGGAGUUGAAGAAUAACAGAUCUGGAGUUCCAGGGAGUACAUAUAAUGAAGCUUCUUUGUACACGAUUCCUGGAAAGUUUUCUUCUGCAUUUGAUUCUGGUUUUCCUUACUUGGGAAGCUCACUUCAAAAUCCACCUGUGGUUAGAGCUACUGGGCAACUGUCAACAAAUCAUUCCAUAAAUGUAUCCUUCGAUAGACAUGGUCUCUCUUCUGCAGAAAAAGGUGAUUCUCACAGAGGGCCUGGAAGUGGUCAACCUGUACAGUCUUCAAUCCCCAAAGGGACUGGUGAUGAUAAACAGGAUAACCCUUCAAUCUCUGCCGGUAAGUCUCAUUUAAGUAAUGUGAAUGGUCCCCAUCAAAGGAUCUCUGCAAAUCAAGUUUCAUCGAAAGAGCCACGAUCAGUUUCUCAGCCUAUUUCAACGUCUGGCACCACACAGCAGGGUGCAUAUUCAAAAAUGUUCUCUAAUAUGUGGACCAAUUUUCCACCACGGCAGCCCCUUUUUGUUGCUCAAUCCACCAAGGAGCCUUCUCACAUUCACCAGUCACAUCAGUUGAAUAAUAUGGAGUCAUCACUGUCUGCUGCAGAGAGGCAAGGUGAUGUAGAUGCAAAUAAAGGAUGGAAGUUCACAUCUGAGGUUGGUACAAGCACAGUGAACAUUUUGGGUUCUGUUGAGGGGGAAGAAGAACGAGUUAUAGAAAGUGCUUCUCGACAAGUUGAACUGGUUCAGAUGAAUGAUUCACAGGAUAAAGAGCCUAUUACGAAUCUCUCAGAGGGAUCUCCUGCUAAUUCUACAUCAAUGCAGAGAGAUAUUGAAGCUUUUGGUCGAACUCUCAAACCAAAUAACAUUCCUCAACCAAGUUAUUCCUUACUAAACCAAAUGCAGGUGAUGAAAGAUGUGGAAACUGAUCCUAGUGAAAGGUCCUUGAAAAGAAUGAGGGUAUCAGACAGCAAUACAGGUGUUCAGCAAAUUCUUUCUGCCGAUUCUAGAAUCCUAAGCUUCUCUGGGCAGGAAAAUUUACAAGGAAGCGUAUCAUUGCAACAAGGAGGAAAUGUGACUCCUCAGGACGUACUGGCAUCUCAUCAUGAUGAUGCUCAGUGCAGCUUUCAGAACAACAGUACAAAUUCUUUUAAACCUGAGCAUACUCAGAUUAGUCCUCAGAUGGCACCAUCUUGGUUUAAUCAGUAUGGGACCUUUAAAAAUGCUCAGAUGUUACAGAUGUAUGAAGCAAACAGAGCUGCCUCCAAGAAGACAACUGAUCAACCUUUCACCCCUGGGAAGUCUUUCAAUGUGUUGCAGACAUUUGAUUCCAUACAGAGAGUAAUCCCUGCAAAUGCUGAUAGAAGUAAUCUUGGGCAAAGUUCAUCUGCUGGCUCUGCUGCCAUUGAAGAUUUUUCUUCUCCACGGACAUUGCCACUGAAUGUUGGACAGCAUCACCAAUUGCUGAAACCCAAGCGGAAACGUCUUACAUCUGAACUUACUCCUUGGUGCAAAGAAGUUUCACUGGAUUCGCGGGGCAAGCAGACAAUCAGUUUGGCAGAAACAGAGUGGGCCAAAUCAACUAAUAGGCUUGUUGAAAAGGUUGAAGAAGACAUUGACCUGAUUGAACAUGGGCCUCUGAGACUUAAAGUUAAAAGAAGGCUUGUUUUGACCACUCAGCUUAUGCAGCAAUUAUUUCGCCCUCCUCCUUCCACAAUUCUUUUUUCUGAUGCUAACUCAGAGUAUGAGAAUGUGGCUUACUCCACUUCUAGAUUGGCCUUGGGGGAUGCAUGCAGCAUGGUCUCGUGCUCAUAUGUUGAUUCCAAUUCACCUCGCACCAGCAAAGAAGUAUUUCAUGACAAGCAAAAAAAAUCAGAAAGAUACAACCAUAUGUUUGCCAAAGCUGUGGAAGAGUUGAUGGUAAGAGCAAGGAGACUGGAAAGUGACUUUUUAAGACUGGACAAGAGAGCAUCAAUAUUAGAUGUGAUGGUGGAAGGCCAGGAAAUUGAGAAGUUCUCGGUCAUGUCUCGGCUUGCGAAGUUCCAUGGUCGGGUGCAAUCUGAUGGCGUUGAUACAUCAUAUUCAUUAGAUGCACGUAGCCAUAAACCUUUAACAAGAUAUGUUACUGCACUUCCGAUGCCAAAAAAUAUCCCUAACAUGGUACAGUGUCUUUCACUAUGAUCACAAAUGAAGUGAUUUUCCCCGUGUUUUGGUGGUAAAUCCACUAGCUCUACUUCCUAAGAAGUUUUGGUGCUAAAUAUGGUGGCAAUAGGAACAGAAAUUGAUGGGCACUAAGCUGUCACAUCAAAUGUAAUGUAAGCUGUCCAAUGUUCAACGUGUUGGCCACUUAUGCCAUAUCAAGGAAUAUGAUUCAUUUUGUGUCAAGUUUGUAGGGAGGGAGAGAAGACCUGUGGGCGUCAUUUUUGCCGCUGGUAGAAAAAAUAUAUCUCCUGUGUAUUAGGAGAUGACUGUAUAAAGUUAGUGUUCAGUGUUAAUUGCUUUAUCUCACAGAAUUGUGAAGGUAAUCGUAAUUGCUUUAGCCAGGUCUGGGGUACUUCAGAUUGGCAUGUUUCAGUAAACAUGGAUUAUUUGUAGAUUUACUAGAAUUUGUAGAUGGGGGCAGCUCUGAGAAUUUAAGCAGCUGUAGGUGAACAACAGUGUUAUUAGUAUAAGCUUUAUUCUAAUUAGCUUCUCUUGUACAGACCCCUGGAGGUUAUAACAACUUGAGACUUUACUCAGUUUUUGUUGGUCCUGUUCCUAUAGUCUGAAUGUUGAAAGA